UCUGGCCGAGAACCAGUCAACCAUUCGGCUGCUAUAAAACUCACGCACCAAGAUUCCAACAAUUUCAGUUUCAAUUCGCGCGCGGUUCGUUCAAGAUCGUUUGCGGCUCUAUCGUUGCAGCGUAUCAAUUAGUUGAAAGUUGUUCGGAAGCAUGAAGGUUUUGCUGUUAGCCCUUGCGGCUACAUUUGCGUUUACGCAAGCUCUGGUCAAGGAGGAGAUUCAAGCCAAGGAGUAUUUAGAAAAUUUGAAUAAGGAGCUCGCAAAGCGCACCAAUGUCGAAACAGAAGCUUCCUGGGCCUAUGCUUCCAACAUCAAUGAUGAGAACGAAAAGAAGAAGAACGAGGUAUCCGCUGAAUUGGCAAAGUUCAUGAAGGAAGUAGCUUCCGAUAUACAGAAGUUCAGUUGGCGCACCUAUCAAUCUGAGGAUAUUAAGCGUCAGUUCAAAUCGCUCUCCAAACUCGGAUAUGCUGCUUUGACCGAGGCCGAUUACGCUCAGUUCCUGGAGACUAUUUCCGCCAUGGAAUCCAACUAUGCUAAAGUCAAAGUGUGUGACUACAAAAAUAACACGAAAUGUGAUUUGGCACUUGAACCCGAAAUCGAGGAUGUUAUCCAGACAAGCCGCGACCCCGAAGAACUGAAGCACUAUUGGGUGCAAUUCUACGAUAAGGCUGGAACAGCUGUGCGUUCCGAAUUCGAGCGUUACGUUGAGUUAAAUACAAAGGCAGCCAAACUGAAUAAUUUCACCUCUGGUGCUGAACUCUGGCUGGAUGAAUAUGAGGAUGAUACUUUCGAAAAACAGUUGGAUGAUAUUUUUGCCGAGAUUCGUCCACUCUAUGAGCAAAUCCAUGGCUAUGUGCGCUACCGCCUAAGAAAGCAUUACGGUGAUGAUGUCGUUUCUGAAAAGGGUCCAUUGCCCAUGCAUCUGUUGGGCAAUAUGUGGGCACAACAAUGGUCAGAUAUUGCUUCGUUGGUAUCACCUUUCCCCGAUAAGCCGCUCGUGGAUGUGACCAGUGAAAUGAUCAAUCAAGGGUACACUCCACUUAAGAUGUUCCAAAUGGCCGAUGAUUUCUUUACCUCCAUGAACCUAACCAAGUUGCCCCAAGCUUUCUGGGACAAGUCGAUCAUUGAGAAGCCCUCUGAUGGUCGGGAUUUGAUCUGCCAUGCCAGCGCCUGGGACUUCUACCUUACGGACGAUGUGCGCAUCAAGCAGUGCACUACGGUUACCCAAAGUCAAUUUUUCACCGUGCACCACGAACAGGGUCACAUUCAGUACUUCCUGCAGUAUCAACAUCAGCCAUUUGUGUAUCGUACUGGCGCCAAUCCCGGUUUCCAUGAGGCUGUUGGCGACGUGCUUUCGUUGUCUGUGUCGACACCAAGGCAUCUGGAGAAGAUUGGACUGUUGAAGAACUUUGUGCUAGAUGAGGAGGCCCGUAUCAAUCAGCUAUUCCUGACUGCGCUCGAUAAGAUUGUAUUUUUGCCUUUCGCAUUCACCCUGGACAAGUAUCGUUGGUCGUUGUUCCGAGGUGAGGUGGACAAAGCUAAUUGGAACUGCGCGUUCUGGAAGCUGCGCGAGGAAUACUCCGGAAUUGAACCCCCAGUUGUGCGUUCCGAGAAGGACUUUGAUCCUCCAGCCAAAUAUCACAUUUCAGCUGAUGUAGAAUACUUGAGAUAUCUAGUUUCAUUCAUCAUCCAAUUCCAAUUCUACAAGUCCGCUUGCAUCAAGGCUGGUCAAUACGAUGCCACAAAUCCCGAUUUGCCCUUGGACAACUGUGAUAUCUAUGGCAGUGCAGCAGCUGGUGCCGCAUUCCAGAAUAUGCUCUCUUUGGGUGCUUCCAAACCCUGGCCCGAUGCACUGGAGGCCUUCAACGGGGAGCGUAUUAUGAGCGGUAAGGCAAUCGCCGAGUUCUUUGAACCUCUUCGCGUCUGGCUCGAGGCCGAGAACAUCAAGAAUAAUGUGCAUAUUGGCUGGACCGCAUCCGACAAAUGUGUGUCGUCGUAAUUGGAAAUGUCCCAACCAAUUUCCACGAAGUUCGUUGUUCAAUAAAGUAUGCCUUAUUUCUUUAUUUUGUAGUGUGAAGUAUUAAAAGACAUUAAACAAUCAAAA